CCAGUUGAUUGUGAUAAUAUUACUCAUGUUGUAUAUACUAUUUUUCAGGAAAAGGAAUCAAAUAUUAAUUAAAAUAAUAUAAUAUUAACGCUCUGUUCGAGCUCUUAAUAUUGAAUUCUUAUCAAAUUGACACUCUCGCGCUCUCGCUCCUAGCCCUGGUUACCUAAGGUCUAAUCUAACACUGAUCCAUAGAGCUGUUGGGAGGAUCUUGCUUUGCAAUUUUCACUGCCAAUCGUGGGCCACGCGCAUGGACCAAAUUGUGGGCAAACUGCUUCGGUUUAGGCUCGUCGAUGUGAAGCUCUGCUUGACUUUGGAGUCAACACCACGCGUUUUCCAGGGAAGCUGCGUUUGAUUCAUGUUUUGGGUCAAAUUGUGUAAAAGUGUCUAUCAAUAACAGCAACAAAGAAAAUAAGAGAAACAGUUCAAACUUCAAAGUCCACAUCUACGUAUUUUUGGGGCCAGCCAUUGGAAGAAGAUGAUCUACAAUCGUCUAUUCAUCAGCCCCUCUGUGGCUAAGUCUGGUUCAUGGCUUCAUCAUUUAACACGCUGCCACAGGACUGUUGGUGCGUCUUCACCGAAGUCGCCCACCAACCCACUUACAGAAAAGGCAGCAGGAAAUGAGGAAUUCCAGCAGCUUUCUGCGUCUGGUGAUCAUGAUUUUAUGCUUGUCCGCCUGUAACCCUACUAGCUACGGCAACAGCAGCGAUCUCCAAGCCUUACUGAAGCUCAAAUCCACUGUGCUGUCCCGGCUGCCCCCGCGCCGCUACAGCGGAUUUAUGGAAUGGGAUCCCAAAAAAUAUAACGCCACCGCAUCAGAGGUCCAUUGCUCCUUCUACGGUGUCACCUGCAACUCCGCCUCACGAGUGGUGGCACUAGAAAUCUCGGAUCGGUUUUUUGGCGGUCCAAUUCCCGGCGAGAUUGGGCUUCUAACCCACCUGAUACGGCUGAGCAUUAACAAUGGUCGAGUCACCGCACCGCUCCCCGUUGAGCUGCCAAACCUCACUUCCCUUGAGUACUUGGACCUCUCCCGGAAUCGCCUGGACGGAAGUUUCCCGGCAGAGAUCACACGUGGAAUGACCCAGCUCCGGGUCCUUGACAUUUCUAUCAACAGAUUCACGGGUCCGUUGCCAGUGGAGAUUUCGGCUAUGAAGAACCUAACGCGUCUCUACCUGCAGGGGAACCGAUUCUCUGGUAAGAUUCCAGAGUCAUACUCUGCCCUCGAAAGCCUCAAGCAUUUCGAGCUUGAUGGAAAUGGAAUCUCCGGAGAAAUUCCCGGAGGAUUCGUCGAAUUGCCCAACCUCGAGGUCCUGUUGUUACGGGGCAACAACCUCUCGUCCGAGCUGCCGGAGAAUCUUGGUCGGAAUGGGAAGCUCAGAUCGAUCGACAUAUCGUCUAAUCUUCUCACCGGAUUCAUCCCUCGAGAUUUAUGCAAGGGAGGGGUCCUGGAUACUUUGAUUCUCGACAACAAUUAUCUCACAGGACAGCUCCCACAGGAACUUGGCCACUGCAAGUCAUUGACCACCAUCAGAAUCUCCAAUAAUCUCCUCAAUGGAACCAUUCCUGCUGGCAUCUUUCAGCUGCCAUCAGUGAACUUAAUUAAGCUGGACAACAACCUCUUCUCCGGCCAACUUCCAUCCUUCAUGUGGACAGGUGAACUCUCCCGCCUUGUUCUUUCCAACAAUCGGAUUACUGGCAGAAUUCCUCCGGCUAUUGGGAAUCUGACCAAAUUAGAGUCCCUAUUCCUCGACGGGAACGAGUUUUCCCAUCAAAUCCCUGAUGAGUUUUGCAAUCUCCGAUUCAUCUCCACGGUCAAUAUUAGCUCCAAUAAGAUUACAGGCAACAUUCCGUCAUGCCUUGCCAAGUUUUAUUAUCUUACUGUUCUUGAUCUCAGUCGAAACCAAUUGUGCGGACACAUACCAUGCAGCUUGGUGAAUGGUACCCGAACCCUCAGAACUCUGGAUCUUUCUCACAAUAAAUUGUCAGGUAGAGUCCCGAAGCGAUCACCAUUUUUCCAUUCAUCAUUUUCUGGCAACCCCAAGUUGCUCGCCUCCUCAAAAGCUGACUGCUCAUCCAAGGGUUACUCGACGAUAGUAAUCAUCGGAGGCAUAGGCUUAUGGUUACUGAUCUGGUCAACUUUAGUGAUCUUGGUUAUGAAGAUGCGGAACCAAAGGGCUGUCGAUGAAUCAAUUAAGCCAUGGACUCUCAUAAAUUUCCAGAAACUACCGGAGGAUCUCAAACAGGAGGACAUCCUGGAUUGUCUGACAGAAGAGAACAUAAUUGGAAAGGGCGGUGCGGGUGUCGUCUACCUCGGCUCAAUCCCAGGAGAUGUUAAGGUGGCCAUUAAACAACCAAUUAAGCGAAGCAGCCAAAGGGACAACAGUUUUGCAGCAGAGGUCAGAACUCUGGGGCAAAUCCGUCACAAGCACAUCGUCAAACUCUUGGGCUGCGUUUCAAAUUCAGACCGUUCCACAACGCUGCUUCUGUACGAGUACAUGUCUAAUGGGAGCCUGGCAGAGGUGUUGCACGGACCCAAUGGCGGGAGCUUGAGUUGGGAGAUGCGGUACAAGAUUGCGGUGGAAGCAGCCAUGGGGUUGUCUUAUCUUCAUCACGAUUGCUCUCCUCCUAUAAUCCACAGAGAUAUCAAGCCCCACAACAUCCUGCUCGAUUCCGGUUUAGAAGCUCACAUAGCGGACUUCGGACUCUCCAAGCUCUGGCAUCACCGUCGACCUCUUCCUCCUGAAUCGUCGUACCACAUGUCGGUCGUCGCUGGCACCUUCGGUUACCUGGCGCCUGAGUACGCUUACACGCUCAAGGUGGACGAGAAGAUUGAUGUUUACAGCUACGGUGUGGUGAUGCUGGAGCUGAUAUCCGGGAGAAAAGCGGUUGGAGGGUUCGACGAAGGCGUGAACAUAGUGAUGUGGGUCAGGGAAUUGGCGUCCAAGUUCGUUGGGAAGACGAACGCUGAUGUUGCUGAAUCGGUCGUGCUGGAGAUUCUGGAUCCAAGGCUUGUUGAGCAGCCUCAGUUAGCUAGCGCGACUCACAUGCUCAAGAUUGCCAUGAUGUGCGUCGAUACGAGGAGCUCUGCCAGACCCACAAUGAGGGAAGUCCUCCAUCUCCUCACCAAUCAUCAAACAUGGAACAUGAUUAUCAGUCCUGAUCAUGAGACCUAGAGCGAAGAGGUUUGAAAGUUUUAAGUCUCUGUUGCUGAGCACUCUCUCUGGUAGUAAGUAGCUGGGAAUGUGUUUUCGUUUGCUGUGGAGAACUUGAUGAUGAUAUCAGGAGAACGAUGAAUCUGCAGCACAUUUGUAUGUUGGUAAGCUAAGAACAAGAAUAGUUAUAAUAAAGAAACGCGGAAGUAAAUAAUAGUUUUUUUUUUUUUUAAUGUUAACCGACUGCAAGAAGGAUUUGAGUCUUAUUACCGUUUGAUUCUGGGUUUCCACUUCCGUAAUGGAAAAGGAAAGCCUUUUCCUAGCAGACUUCGGAAAACCUCUUUUCCCUUUAUAAAGGUUACACACUUCU